UUUUUUUUCUUUGGAUAACCGUACAUGGAGCUGGUGACAAACUAGUGAUGUCAUCAAAACAGCAUCGACAGUCCACAGAAAAUCAACACUGCUCUCUUCUUCCUUGGAAAAGACUAGACAAACCAGAUCCGCCGCUCUCUGCUACAAGGCCACGAUGUCCCUCUCUGGCUGGGUGUGUGUAGUUACUGGUGCCUCCAGGGGCAUCGGCAGGGGAAUAGCGCUCCAGCUGUCUGAGGCCGGAGCUACUGUUUACAUCACAGGACGGCAAGAGAAGACCCUCAAACAAACUGCGGCUGAGGUGACUGAGAGAGGUGGGAAGGGUGUUCCAGUGAUCUGUGAUUCCACAAAAGCGGAAGACAUCAAGGCGCUUUUUGAAAGGAUCGAACAAGAGCAGGAUGGCAGACUGGACAUCUUGGUGAACAAUGCCUACGCUGGAGUUCCGGAUAUUUUUGAAAAUAUGGGUAAGAAGUUCUGGGAAACCGAUCCAUCUAUUUGGGAUACUAUCAACAACACAGGCCUGAGGGGGCACUACUUCUUCUCAGUUUAUGGAGCUCGCUUGAUGGUGAACAAAGGUCAUGGGUUUAUAGUGACCAUUUCUUCUAUGGGCGGACUGCGUUACCUCUUCAAUGUAGCGUAUGGGGUUGGUAAAGCUGCUUGCGACAGGCUCGCAGCUGACAUGGCGGUUGAGCUGAAAAGCAGAGGAGUGACCUCCAUCAGUCUGUGGCCGGGACCGGUACAAACAGAGCUUGUAUCGCAGUUCAUAAUACAGAAAGAUGCACCUCAGGGUUUGAAUCCCAAGUAUAAAGAUGUGUUCGCCAAUGGGGAAACUACAGAACUAAGUGGGAAGUGCAUCGUCAGCCUGGCUAAUGAUAAAAAUCUGAUGUCCCUGACUGGGAAGGUGCUCAUGACGUGUGACCUGGCCAGGCGAUAUGGCAUUAAAGAUAUUGAUGGCCGGGACGUAACAGAUUUUACGUCCCUAAAAUUCCUCCUGACCCAGGUCCCGUACCUCUCCUGGCUUUCAGCAGUCGUCCCCUCAUUUCUUCGCCUGCCUCGCUUUGUGCUCACGCUGACUACCGGACGCUUCUGAAGGGUUCCCUCAUCACUCCCCACAAUGCCACACUGAUCUUCAUUCGUGUAAUGAGCCUUGUUUUUCCCUGAGGGGACGUUGAGGUCGAUGUACGGCUGUAGAUAAGCCAGAAGGAACAGCAUCUCCCCUUGUCGGUGAAGGAGUGUCAUCUCAUGUUCUUUGUGUCCUACAGUUUAAAAAUAGGACUACAAUAAGAAACCAUUGACAUUCUGAAAUUUCAGCUUGUUUUCUACCUACGUAAACAGCUAAUGUAUUUUUCCAACUAAAAUACAAUUCAACAAAGGAUUUUUUUAAA